CUUCUGGACAAGCACUCCGUCCGCCAGCACUCCUCCUGCCGAGCUGCUGCCUAUCGAUUGGGCAGUCUCGCCUGUCCCCCCCUCGACUGCUUUCUCCCCCCCUCAUCAUCUCGGGCCUGUGUCCCGCGGUUCUCCAGCCCAGACCCGCUCUCGGCCGCGCGCAUCCACUUGCUGUUCUCUCGAGCUCCGGUAUCGCACCAUGUCAGGUAGCUGGACCUAUGCGGGCUGCUAUGCCUCGUUCGUCUGGAAUACCCCGGCGCUGGAUACGUCCAAGUACUCCAAUGACGAGCAGGGGUGCAUCCGGGCAUGCAGCACAUUUGCCUACGCUGCCAUCGGCUGGGUCUAUCCGUCGUCGUCUCUGAAGUGCAACGAGGCCGUGUGCGUCUGUCUCAGCAAUCUCUCGGCCGGAGCCAAGUGGGCCGACUCCUACUGCGACGUCAAGUGCAGCACUGGCUCGUCCUGCGGUUCCUGUCUUGGCAGCUGGGGCGUGAACACCUGGAGUGUCUAUCAGGCACCGAGUUCACCGCCAUCGCCUCCUCCUCCUCCUCCACCACCACCACCACCACCUUCCCCUUCAUCCACAUCCUCGCCCGCACCGCCGGUACCCUCUCCUCCUGUGGGCCCGUCGGCGACAGCACCCUCAAAUGCACCCCAGCCGCUUCCAUCAACUCCAGCACCCUCUACUGCUUCCACAGCGGCUGUUCGUGGCCAGACAUCGGUGUCCUCGCAAAUUGCGUCGCUCCAUGCCCCGGCCGGAUCAACCAUGGCGGUCGUCAGCGGAACAACCACUAUGAUACUCGCGACCACGACGUCCGCAGGCGCCUCUGACACCAGCAAUGCUGUCCAAACCAACUACAACCUGUGGAUGAUCCUGUUCAUCGCCACCAUAUCGCUGUGCUUGCUCGUCUUGAUCCUGUUCUUUGCCGCUCGGCGAUGCCUUGCUCGUAGUAAGCAGAGCCACGACCUCCCUCCAGGUGCGGCUCCAGUGGCUGUCAUGCGCUUUGAGCCCCGACGGAACUUUUCCAUCGACAUGGUCCCAUUGACCCAGGCGGGCGAUCUCGGGCUCUCGCCGGCAGCCUCGACGGCUUCCAUUGGCCUCCACGACAGCCGCGCCCAUAUCAGCAGCGACCACCCCCCAACCACCCAGGCGGUCGCUCUUCCGUUGCCGGUGCGGGGCAUGACACCGCCACCGGUCUACGAUAUGAUCCAGCGGAUCGAGGCGGCGGCUUACCGAGAAUACCCGACAGCGGGCACGCUGGAGAGAUUGCAUGCCUCGGAGCCUCGACCGACAAACGUCUUUGUCGCAUGCCGGCCUUUCACCGCUUCCGAGGACGACGAGCUGAGCCUGAACGCCGGAGACCUCGUCGAGAUCAGCCAAACCUAUGACGACGGCUGGGCGCAUGGAAAGAGUCUGGCCACAGGUCGAUCCGGCAUCUUCCCGAUCCAGCUGGUUGUCUCGCUCUCGCCCAGUUCCAAGAUCUAUGAAGCCACCUUUGGUGCCCCGGCCACCUCAUGAGCCCACAAGAGAGAGCACUCUUCGCUGCAUGCUCAGGCGACACGACAUACCUGGUGGCUGCAGCAGCAGCAGCAGCAAUUGCAGUAGUAGCAACGGCUGGCUGUCGGCCUUACGUCUUGCUUCGCCAGUCGGUUCUUCUGUCUCUUACCAUCCAUCCUCCAUCAAUGAUCCUCACCCUGGCUGCAUUUGCUCUGCCGGUCCAAUCUAUCCAUUAGUCUGUCUGUCUAUCUAUGUAAACCAUUGGCCCGAUUGUUUGAGCAGACCUCCACCGGGUUGCAUGGGGUGGCCAAGAUAUGAAACAUAGUUACCGCUAUCGCCACUGA